AUGUAGUCCAGUGAGUUAAUUUCUGAAUAUAUUGUCUUCUCUAGUUGUAGUAUCUCAGGAAAAACAAUGUUUCAUAAAUGGGAUACAGUAACCCACAGCAUAUGUCCAGUACAAAUAGUAAUAUUCCACAUGAUAUCUAAAAAGCGUACAUCUCUUGAAAGUUAUAGCAGUCUGUGUUUGGCCUACACACCCUUCACCGCAAAACUUGCUCCAAGACAUCUUUGGUCAAAGCCCCAACUUGGCAGAAAGCCACAAAAGACUACCAGAUUCGGCUCUGAUCCAACUGUCAAGGCCACCUGGAGAUUCAUCAGAUCAUGGAUUGCUCAAAACCACAAACUUUACUAUACCUACGUCCUUGUUUGCGCAUUUGGUGUUUAUCAAUUCUGGUGGUACUCAGUAGUAGGAUAUUAUCAAAGAAGAAAUCAUCACAGAUCUCUUGAAUACGCUAUCUUAAAGGAAAAGGAAUGGCUACUCAUUAAGCCAAAGGAAGAAGAAGAAGAGGAGGAAGAAGAGGUUCCUGCUGCUGAAGGUGGAGAAGCCGCUUCUACAGGUGGAGACGCUGAGGAAGAAUGA